AUGGCAGAACCUACCAAAGUCCUGGUUACCGGCGGCGCCGGCUUCAUCGGCUCCCACCUAGUUACCCGUCUCCUGGAUUGUGGGUGCUCCGUGGCGGUAAUUGACGACCUCACCGCCGGCCACUUGCGCGACGUCAACCACCACGCCGUCUUCUAUCACGCCGACAUCAACGACCCCAAAAUCGAACAGGCGUGGACAAGUUCAUCUUCUCAUCCACCGGCGGAGCCCUCUACGGCGACCCCGGAAAUUAUCCCUUGCAACGAGGACACCCCGGUCAACCCGCUCACUCCAUACGGAAUGUCCAAGUACGCUGGAGAACUCUACCUGGAACUAUUUCACCGCACCUACGGGCUGGACUAUACGAUCCUGCGGUACGCCAACGUGUACGGUCCCGGCCAGAACCCCCACGGCGAGGCCGGAGUGGUCGCGAUCUUCGCGGGCCUGAUGCUGGAAGGCAAACAACCCACCAUUUACGGCGACGGCACACAGGAGCGCGACUUCGUUUUCGUUUCCGACGUCGUCGACGCCAACAUUGCAGCCAUGCGCCGCGGCGACGGCGGCACCUACAACAUUGGCACCGGAGAUCCCGUUAACAUUGGCCGCGUGUACGGGCUGCUGAAGGAAUUCACCGGAUUCGACAAGGAACCGUCCUACCAGCCCCGUCGACCAGGAGAGGUGUUCAGCAUCGCCCUGGAUUCCGCCCGCGCCACCAAAGAUCUGGAUUGGAGACCCACCGUACAGCUGGAAGAGGGCCUCAAACUCGCCGUCGAUCAUAUCCGCGAUUCCACGAACCGACGGCCGGCCCGAGUCAGACUGACCCCCGACCGUCGCCGCGACUAA